AUGAAGACUGCUCUGAUCGGCACCAUUGCUCUGGGCUUAUUGCCGGGCGCAAUUGCUUCCCCCGGUGGUUUCAACCCCGACAAUGUCGUAUUCGCCCAACGUGCGCUCCCUGACGCGCCCGACGGAUACGUGCCUACUUCAGUCAGCUGCCCCGCGAGCCGACCGACCAUUCGCAGUGCAGCGAAGCUCUCCUCCAACGAGACAUCAUGGCUGAAGACUCGUCGUGAGAAGGCCUUGACGAGCCUGAAGGAUUUCUUUGGGCAUGUGAAGGUUGGGGACUAUGAUGUGGUCUCCUACCUCGACAAGCACUCCUCCAAUAUCUCGAAUGUCCCUAACAUCGGUAUCGCCGUGUCGGGUGGUGGAUACCGUGCGCUGAUGAACGGCGCCGGUGCCAUCAAGGCCUACGACAGCCGGACAUAUAACGCGUCGACCAGCGGGCACUUGGGUGGUCUGCUGCAGUCUGCUACCUAUCUUUCCGGUCUGAGUGGAGGCAGUUGGCUACUUGGAUCCAUCUACAUCAACAACUUCACCACCAUCGAUAAGCUGCAGACGCAUAAGGAUGGCGACGUGUGGCAGUUCGGAAACUCGAUCAUCGAGGGUCCUGAUACUGGUGGUAUUCAAAUCUUGGAUUCGGCCAGCUACUUCAAGGACCUUGCAGAGGCCGUCGAGUCGAAGAAGAAGGCCGGUUUUGACACCUCUCUCACUGACAUCUGGGGUCGCGCACUUGCCUACCAGAUGUUCAACGCUUCUAACGGUGGACUCAGCUACACCUGGUCAUCCAUCGCCGACACCACCGAGUUCAAGGAUGGAAACUACCCCAUGCCAAUGGUGGUCGCAGAUGGCCGCAACCCCGGUGAGCUGGUGGUCGGAAGCAAUUCGACCGUCUAUGAAUUCAACCCUUGGGAGUUUGGUACAUUCGACCCAACAAUCUUUGGUUUCGUGCCGCUCAAGUAUCUGGGCUCCCGCUUCGAGGCCGGCUCUCUUCCUAGCAAUGAGAGCUGCAUCAGCGGAUAUGACAGCGCUGGUUUCGUGAUUGGAACCUCGUCCACCCUUUUCAAUCAGUUCCUGCUGCAGAUUAACACCACCUCGCUUCCCAACUUUGUGAAAAAUGUUUUCACCAGCAUUCUUGAGAAGCUGGACAGAGCCGACGAUGACAUUGCGGCGUACGAGCCCAACCCCUUCUACCACUACAACAACCACUCCUCGCCAUAUGCUCGUCAGACUGCGUUGGAUGUUGUUGACGGUGGUGAGGAUGGACAGAAUGUCCCCUUGCACCCUCUCAUCCAGCCCGAGCGUCACGUCGAUGUCAUCUUCGCCGUCGACUCCUCGGCUGAUACCGACUAUUACUGGCCGAACGGCACAUCUCUGGUCGCAACCUAUGAGCGUAGUCUGAACAACACUGGUAUUGGCAACGGCACUGCCUUCCCCGCCAUUCCAGACGUCAACACCUUUGUCAACCUUGGUCUGAACACUCGCCCAACUUUCUUCGGCUGUGACAGCUCCAACAUCAGCGGUCCUGCUCCUCUGGUCGUCUACGUCCCCAACGCCCCUUACUCUUUCCACUCCAACGUGUCGACCUUCCAGCUGAGCACGGAAGACAAGGAGCGUGAUAACAUCAUUCUCAACGGUUACGAAGUCGCCACUAUGGCCAACAGCACCCUGGAUGGCAACUGGACCUCCUGUGUCGGCUGCGCCAUCUUGAGUCGCUCGUUUGAGCGCACUGGUACCACUCUUCCCGAUAUUUGCAAUACCUGCUUCGACCGCUACUGCUGGAACGGCACUCUGAACGCCACCACCCCCGCAAACUAUAACCCCACAACCUACCUGGCUGAGGCUGACAGUGCCGGCUCGGCACUGGUGCCCACCAUGCUUUCUGCGGCUGUCGCGGCCGGUGUGGCUCUCUUUACCCUCGUUUAA